AUGCCGACGUGCAUAGUCUGCCUCGAGACGCUCAAGAAUCCUGCUGCCCUUCCCUGCGGGCAUGUAUUUUGCUACGACUGCGUGAUCCGCCUCGUGCGCUCUGUCAACCCGUACACCCCCAACCACUUCUGCCCAACCUGCAAGCAACCAUAUACCAUCCUCAACGUCGAUCCCAACCUUAUUCCCCACCAUCUCCGCCACCAUGUCACUCCGGCCGUGCGCAAGCUCAACCUGGAGUACGCCGUCCCGCUUCCCAUGAAGACAUCCGCCACCAACGCCGAGUGCGCGCAUCUCCUCGCCGAGAAUGCAUCCCUGAAGAACUGCUGUGUCGUCUGGCGCAAGCGCGCAGCGGUCCACGCCACCGCUACCAUGGCGUUUGUCGGCCUCGCACGGCUUGCGCGCGACUACGGCAUGAAGAUGAAGAAGGAGCGCGACGAGCUCGAAGAGAAAUACAACGAGCUAAAACGGCUCUACGACGAAAAGACGUAA